AUGCCUUCCUUCUUCAAGUCCUCGUCCUCCAAGAACCAGACCGCCUCGGCCGCCAACACCCCUGCCACCAGCCCCGCCCAGACCCCCCGCAACUCGAUCCACGAGCAUCGCAUCCACCAGGGCGUCAAGAUGACCCACGACGAGGCCCUACUUUUCGUCCUCAACAAAACCAUGUCCAACGCCGCCACCGGUCCCUACAUCCGCUAA